AUGGAGGACCUGACGGCUCCUCGCAGCUGCGGCUGGACGGUUCUCAGAGUUCACGCUGAGCUGCGAUUGGCUGACAGUGCAGAGGAGUUUGUUUCCACAGCGACGGGGCUGUCACUGCCCACUACCACCCAGGCUGAGCUGUCAAUCAUAGCGCUCUCAGACAGGAAGAAGCGCAGAGGAAAUGAUCUAUUACCGAUUAUUAUGGUUGUUUGUGGCUUUGUGUAG